AGUAGCAUCGUCCAUACCACCGACUUGCUGUGGCGAUUUGCCACCGGCGAACUCUUCUACUCAUGGCAUCUGAUUCUCCGUUUCCUUCCACUUGUUUCCGUCUCUUUUCUCUCUCUUAAAACCCUAAUUCUUCACCCUCAUUUUUUUCUCUUUUAUCUUAAUUUCAUAGUAUCACAUAGAAUUGAAAAUUCGUAUACUGUUUCAUAAAAGAUGGUUCCAUGGGGCGGAAUCACCUGCUGUUUUAGUGCAGCUGCUCUUUAUCUUCUUGGAAGAAGCAGUGGAAGGGAUGCAGAGGUUCUCAAAUCAGUUACUCGAGUCAAUCAGUUGAAGGAGUUGGCACAGUUACUAGAUACGGCAAGCAAAGUUUUGCCUUUUGUUGUCACGAUUUCUGGAAGAGUUGGUUCAGAGACACCAAUCAAUUGCGAGUAUAGUGGUCUGCGAGGUGUAAUUGUGGAGGAAACGGCCGAGCAACAUUUUUUGAAACACAGUGAUACUGGUUCCUGGAUACAGGAUUCUGCUAUGAUGCUUUCCAUGUGCAAAGAGGUUCCCUGGUAUUUGGAUGAUGGGACUGGACGUGUAUUUGUCAUUGGAGCCCGAAAUGCCACAGGUUUGGCGUUAACAGUUGGAAGUGAAGUAUUUGAGGAGUCCGGGCGAUCCCUUGUACGUGGAACAUUAGAUUAUCUCCAAGGUCUAAAGAUGCUUGGAGUCAAGAGAAUUGAGCGGGUUCUUCCAACUGGUACACCAUUGACUGUUGUUGGUGAGGUUGUUAAAGAUGACAUUGGAACUAUUCGGAUUCAGCGACCUUACAAGGGCCCAUUUUAUGUGUCUCACAAAACUAUUGAUCAGCUCAUUGCAAAUCUUGGGAAAUGGGCAAGGUGGUAUAAGUAUGCUUCACUGGGGCUUACGGUCUUUGGUGUUUAUCUGAUUGCAAAGAAUGCUUUCCAAUAUUUCAUGGAGAGAAGGCGUCAUUGGGAAUUGCGAAAGAGGGUUUUUGCUGCUGCAGCUAAAAGACCAGGGCAAGAUAAUGAAGUUGCUAAAGCUGAGGAUGGAUCCGAUGGUACUCAAAAAGAGGGACUAAUGCCAGAUAUAUGUGUGAUAUGCCUGGAGCAGGAGUACAAUUCAGUUUUUGUUCCGUGUGGUCAUAUGUGCUGUUGUAUGUCGUGCUCUUCGCACUUGACAAACUGUCCGCUUUGCCGGAGACAGAUUGAGCAGGCAGUGAGGACAUUCCGCCAUUAAGCUGUGUUUUGAGGUUGCAUAGCCACCAUUGACAAGGACACCCAAAAGCUGAGGUUUGGGGUCUAAGAUAGGCCUGAAUUCCUCUCUACAAGGGCAAUGGAACUUUGUUAAGUGGAGUUAAGAUUCUGAUUGGCUACAUAUCUACAGCAAUUGCUUAUUGAAGUUUUAAAAUUGUGGAAAAUUUUACCAGUACAGUUGACAUGUGCACGAGCCUCUUUUGAGACUUUCUCUUGCCCUUGUAGAUUAAGUAUACUGGAUAUCUUGUAAAUUUGAUGUGAUAUAUGUCUAUAUGUCGCCUUCUUUGUUUCUAUUCUGUUUGGUCAUUCAAAGAGAUGGUAAUAGUCAUAGUUGGUUCUGUAGAACCAUCAAGUUGAGGAGUAUGUGAUGUAUCAUGCUUCUAACUACAUGGGAUAAAAUGUGCUUAUCUUUAUAUAUCCAUGAGGCCAAGC